AUGCCAGUCACACGUUCGCACAUCAUCGACGAAAACGCGCUCGAGCGGUUGAAUAAAAGCAAAACAGAGGAGUUCAAGGAGCAACCUGGACGGAUAGCAUUGACAGAUGUUGUGACACAGCAGCCACGCGCGUUGGGUGAGCGGCCGGGAGCACACGCACGCGCGCACCCCGCAUCAAAGCUCGAUGUUAAAAAGGACGAGGAGAAACCAGAGGAGAGCCGUGCCAGCUUGAAGCGGUCGGCCACAUCGUCAGCUAUCGCACCGCAGACACGUGUGCCGCAGCAGGAGUUCAAGAAGACCAAAAUUGACUAUGUGUGGGAGGACUUGGACGAGGAGGACCACGACGAUCCUCUAAUGGUGAGUGAGUACGUUGUGGACAUCUUCAAGUAUCUCCAUGUCUUGGAGCGCAAGACGCUUCCGGACCCGCUUUAUCUCUCGCGUCAGCGCAACCUCCGGCCGAAGAUGCGCUCCAUCUUGGUCGACUGGAUGGUGGAGGUGCAUUUGCGCUUCCGGUUACUUCCCGAGACGUUGUUUCUCGCGAUCAACAUCAUGGACCGCUUCAUGUCGAAGGAAGCAGUCCAGGUGGACAAGUUGCAGUUGCUUGCGACGGGCUCGUUGUUUAUUGCAGCCAAGUACGAGGAGGUCUAUUCGCCAUCGGUAAAAAACUACGCCUACGUCACCGACGGUGGAUACAACGAAGAUGAGAUCUUGCAGGCGGAAAAAUACAUUCUCCAGAUUUUGGAGUACGACUUGUCGUACCCUAACCCGAUGAACUUCUUGAGACGCAUCUCCAAGGCAGACGACUACGACGUCCAGAGCCGCACUAUUGGCAAGUACUUGCUUGAAAUUUCGGUCAUCGACCACCGCUUUAUCGGCCAUUUGCCGUCGUUGUGUGCGGCCGCGGCGAUGUAUGUCGCGCGCAAGAUGUUGGGCCGACACGCGUGGGGUGGCAACCUCAUCCACUACAGCGGUGGCUACAAGGAGGACGACAUGGCAGAGGUGGUAGAUAUGUUGAUGGAGUACUUGGUGCUGCCAAUCAUGCACGAGGAGUUCUUUAAGAAGUAUGCCUCCAAAAAGUUCAUGAAGGCCUCCAUCUUGGCCCGUUCCUGGGCCAAGAAGGUCGUCGCCGACGGCAAGUCCGAGGAAACCCUCUAA